GCUCAGCGUGCUUCUGUGUGUGUGUGCGUGUGUGUGUGUGUGUAACAGGGGCGUGUUACAGCUGCAUAUUGCGUAACUACAGUUCCAAGACUUUUUCCUCGGUCUUCUCAGCCUCCUAGAUUCACACCGUUGGAUGCUCACGUGCAGGAGCAGGUCACACACAUACACAUUAACACUGCUCCAUCCAGUCCGGCAGCUGGGAUGAUAUUCACUGCAGAGACUGUUGUGUGAAACUGAAAGUUGAUGCUCGGGACCCCUUAUGAUGAUGAUGAUGAUGGUGCACAUGCGCUUGCAGAGGCCUGCCGCCUGCACACCUUCUCCGCUUGUUCUCUAGGAUGUUGCGGCAAGCGGUGCAAGAGGGGCUGCGGGCGUCCUUCCACAAGCUGGGCCACUUCGUCGCCAACCACCCGGUGUUCUUUGCCUCGGCGCCCGUGCUCCUCUCUGUGCUGCUCGGCGCCAGUUUCAGCAGGUACCGCAUCGAGGAGGAAGUGGAGCAUCUGCUAGCUCCUAAACACAGCCUGGCGAAGAUCGAGGGCAACCUGGUGGACAGCCUGUUCCCCAUUAACCGCUCCAAACACACGCUCUACUCGGACCUGCAGACACCGGGCAGAUACGGGCGCGUGAUCGUGACCUCGCGCAUGGGCAGCGUGCUCGAACCUCACCACGUUGACCUCGUCCUGAAGCUUCACAGUACCAUCACCCACAUGCAGGUUCCCAUGCUGGGCUACAACUAUACCUUUGCUCAUCUCUGCUUGCUGGACGAUAGCAAGAACUGCAUCGUAGACGACAUCCUGCGAGUUCUGGAGGAGAUGCAAACAGCUCGCGUCUCCAACCGGACCGUGCCGCCACUGCGCUACCCCAUCACGCGACUCAAGGACGGGCGAGAGGCCUAUAUCGGACACCAGCUCGGCGGGGUGCAGACGGUGGGCGGCAGUCGAGAAGGCGUCCGCUCCGCCCGUGCUCUCCAGCUCACCUACUACCUGCAGGUCUCCAGCGCGUUGAACGAGGUGGUGGCGGCUCGCUGGGAGCUGAUCUUCUGCCGCGAGCUGGAGCAUUUUGGCACAGCACAUCCUGAGCUGGGGCUCUACCCGUUCACCUCGUCCUCACUGCAGAAGGACUUUCAGAGGACGAGUCGGGUGUCCGAACGCCCGCUGCUCUUCAGCCUGGCCGCCUGCCUCUCGCUCGCUGUGCUUUGCUCUUCUAUGAGAGACUGCGUACGCACCAAACCCUGGCUGGGAAUCCUGGCACUGGUCACCGUCAGCCUCGCGACCCUGACCUCUGCCGGGAUCUUUAACCUCACCGGAGGGAAAUACAACUCCACGUACCUCGGCAUUCCUUUCAUCAUGCUAGGUCAUGGCUUGUUUGGCACGUUCGAGAUGCUGUCUUCGUGGCGACGGACCCGUGAGGACCAGCAUGUAAAAGAGCGAGUGGCUGCUGUUUUCUCAGAUUGCAUGCUUCCCUUCACCGCCAGCACCGCCCUUCACCUGGUCACCUUCGGCAUCGGCGCCAGUCCCUUCACCAACAUCGAGGCUGUGCGCCUGUUCUGCCACAUCGCCUGCAUUUCCAUCCUCUUCAACUACCUCUACAUCCUCACCUUCUAUGGGUCAAACCUGGUUUUUGCAGGUUACCUCGAAAACAACUAUCGCCACAGUCUGUUCUGCAGGCGCGUCCCCAAGCCUGAUUUACUGCAGCAGAAGCCAGCGUGGUAUCGCUUCCUGAUGUACACGCAUUACAACGAGGAAGCGUCUGAACCCGCUGACCUUCAUGUCUAUGAGAACCAUCUCCUGGUGGCCUUCAUGAAGCGCUACUAUUGCGACUGGAUCACCAACACUUACGUCAAACCCUUUGUAGUGCUUUUUUAUUUAGUAUACAUCUCCUUUGCGUUGAUGGGCUACUUACAGGUCAGCGAAGGCUCAGACCUCAGUAAUGUUGUCGCAACGGAGACCAGCACCAUCGCCUACACCCGGGCGCAACAGCGCUACUUCAGCAGUUACAGCCCUGUAAUCGGCUUCUACAUCUACGAAUCUAUCGAGUACUGGAACACCAGUGUGCAGGAGGACCUUCUCGAGUACACCAAAGGGUUUGAGCGGAUCUCCUGGUUUGAGAGUUACCUAAACUACCUGCAUGGUCUGAACAUCACGACCAGCCUUUCGCGCAGAAACUUCACUGAGUAUCUGCGCUCAGGCUUCCUCCGCCAGCCCCGCUACCUCCAUUUUUCAGACGACAUCAUAUUUGCCAAGCGGGCUGAUGGAGAGUUUGACGUGGUGGCUUCCCGGAUGUUCCUGGUGGCCAAGACGACAGAGAACAAGCGAGAGGAGAUGUCAAUUUUGCUAGACACGCUGCGUAAGCUCUCGCUGACCUCCAGGGUGAAGUUCAUCAUCUUCAACCCUUCCUUUGUGUACAUGGACCGCUAUGCUUCGUCAGUGGGUGCGCCACUGAAGAACUCGUGCAUUGCCGCUUUGUUCUUGCUCUUCUUUUCUAGCUUUUUGGCUGCAGACCCUUUGGUGAAUGCCUGGAUAACUGUGACGGUGGCCUCUGUGGAAUUUGGUGUGGUGGGAUUCAUGACCCUGUGGCAGGUGGAGUUAGACUGCGUGUCAGUGCUGUGCCUGAUUUAUGGGGUGAACUAUGCCGUGGACUCGAGCGUACCUCUGGUGUCAGCCUUCGCUCUGGGACGGGAAUCGACACGUACGCGAUGGGUGAAGGUGUCACUGGAGCGGCACGGGGUUCCUGCCCUGCAGAGUUACAUGUGCUACGGUGCGGCGUUGUUGCCCUUAGCAGCCGUUCCGUCCAACCUUACUCACACACUGUUCAGGUGUUUUUUCCUCACUGCCCUCAUCACUGCUUUCCACUGCCUGGCUAUCCUUCCAGUCCUCCUGACAUUCUUGCCUCCGUCCAAGAAAAAGCGGAGGGAAAGGAAAAACAUGGCUGAGCACCGAGAAGAGAUUGAAUGCGUGGACAUGGCAGACAGUACGCGAGUGGUCGAUCAGAUUACCACCGUCUGACGAAGUCUGACCGAGAGCAGAGGCAGGGCUUGGGCUCACAGCGUCCAUCAGAACCUGGACAUGUCAUGUCACAGAGGCAGAUAUAAUAAUCUGAGCAAAACAAUUUGAGCCCUCUUGUUGGAACUAGGCUUUGUUGUCAUGGUAAAAAGUGCUAGAAAGGUCUCGCCAUUAACACGAGGCUAGGUUGUCAUGGUGAAAGCCCUGCGAAGGUUGUGCUGUGCAUCUUCCAUCCCUGCGUGGAUGGUGAGAGGUCUUUGUUCUGUGAGCUGAAUGAGCCAAAUUUUUUGGCCAGCUGCAGAUAAUUACAGAGCAGCUCCUAGACGAGCGACUGAAUUCUCUCGACAAGGUUUUUCGCCUUAAAGCAGUUCAGACAGACUUACAGGCUAUAAACAACAUUUCCUCAUUACUGUGAUAAUAAAAUAUGAAAAUAUCAAAUAGAACCUCACCACUCAUAUUUAUUUACAGGUGGUCAGGGGGACCUCAUUGCUAAAUAAAUGCUAAGGCAGCCAUAUUUGUAUGUUAAUAGCCAUGUCCUUUAUUAGCCAUAUACAUUCUAGCUAAUUUGUCAUUUCAUAUCUCCCUUGAAUUUUUUCUUUCUAUAUCAGACAUAAGAACACUUGAUCUCUGGUGGAGAACCAUGUGGACGCACGCUCGCAGGCCAUGGUGCACUGCAUCGCUUCCAUGGUAACCCCUUGUAUGGCCACACCUGUCACAAUUUAGCGUUAGAUUAUUCUGUAAAUACAUCAUUUGAUCCCCCUCGAGUAUUCAGUCAGUUCCUAAUAGCUCCUAAUAGGAAUCGAUGGCUGAUUAAGUUAUGCAGCAGUGCAGGCUGUAAAUAACCUACAAAUGAUUUCAUUCCAGAGUUCCUGGAGUGUGUUGUUUCUUCCUCAGAAAAAAAUGUUGAAAAUUACACUGUCACACACAACACGCCUCAUCAAUAUGGAUGAGCCAGAAUCACUCUCUUUGUGUCCUUGCUCUCUCAGUAUGAGAGGCACAAAGGAGGGAGAGGACACAGAGAGAGAGAGAGAGAGAGAGAGAGACGCACACACAGACACAUACCCGGAGAGAGAGAAAAAGAGAGAGAGAGUAGAAAUGUAAAGAAAGACGUGCACACACACACACAGAGAAAGAGAGAGAAUAGAGAAGUGUAGAAAAAGACACACAUAUACAGACAGAAUGACAAAGAGAGAGAGAUAAACAGAGAAAGAAAGAGAGUUAGUGAGAUUUUUUUGUUUUGUUAUCAUAAAGAAAUAAAGUCUACACUUUCUCCUCUCAUGUAAGCUAUGAGAGCUGCUGAAUUCUGGAUUCUGUUUGGUCAGUAGGUGUUGAUUAUUUUUCCAUAGCAGCAGUGCUGACAUGCAGUCCUGACUGUAAGGGAAAUCCCAGGGUCACAUUAAUGCUCUCAUUCUCAUACUUUAUCGUUUCUAUAGUAACAUUUCCUUCACGAGAGACUCAUAUGGUGGACAAAAAGAUGAAUGCCUCUUGUAAUCGGUAAUAUGGUACGAGAAGUAUUUCUGUGAGAUGUUUGUGUGUGUGUGUGUGUGUGUGAGGUGAGGAAGGAGUCUCCAGUGUCAGUGCUGUGUAUCAGUCAGAGGUGGAACUGGAACUUUAAGUUUUCCACAUCUUCAGGACAGAGGAGUGAGAGAGAGAAAAGUUCGGAUGGUGAAGGAAUGAGCGUUUAUAGAACAGAACUGAGAACUUGUUUCACAACAUUAAAUAUAACCGCAAAUGGAUAAAAGAGUGUUAAAAUAGUAUGACGUGUCAUUUGUUAAAGGAAAAUAAUCAUCUGUUCGAGGGGUAACAUUAAUUCUCUCACUUGUUGUUCUACCAUAUCAGCAUGUUGGGGUGAUGAUGUUGUUUUAGCAGAGCAGAAGUCUGGACUGUUGGCUCCUCUGGCAGGUCACCAACAACUGCUCCUUUCUUCUUCACAACAUGACUGGAGCUCAUCACUGAGGAAUAUUUGCAGUUCUUACACCUGUUUCUCUCUGUUCUUAUCUCCAGCAUCUGCUUUACUACACAGUUUAAUACACGUAUGUCAUCACCAAACAUCUCCUCUAGCGUAUAGUAUCUCACGUCUCUGCCCACGUGUUUGUUAUUUAGUCUGAGAAAAGCAUUUCCACCUUCUCAGUGCUCUUCAAGGUCAGAUUGUACCAUUCGAGUUAAUCUGGGGUAGACUGAACCCAAAACUUCAUCCAGUUGAACACUCUUUCUGUAGAAGUGAAGGAAGACGUCAUUGUGUAUCUUAACCACCUAAAUUUAUUUAACUCUGUCCCACUAUGAAGAAACUUGAAAAUCUCUUACUCUUUAAACAGAUAAUCCUGUUUAUCUUUUUGUUGUUGUUGUAAUAUUUAUUUUAGAAACCAAUCCAUUUUUCUUCAGCUCUCAUGUCUAAAUUACAUACAGGCUCUGUUUGUCAGCGUAGCCACUGAUUUUAGCUUCUGAAUUUAAAAUUAUAACGUUCAUCCUUCAUAACGUUCCUUCAUCUUGGUUCCUGAACAGUUUUAAAAGUUCAGACACACCAGAUUUUGGGCUUCAGAUGUUCUCUAAGACUGGAAAUGUGAAAUCCUCAGAAACCCUGCUGUCUGAACUUGAUAUUCCACACAGAGAACAGACAGGAAUCUACUCAUAAGGACAGAUUUGUUGGUUUUGUAUUUAUUUGUAUAAAAUUCCAACUAAUAAAGCGAAGUAGAACAUUAAA